GUCUCACUGUUGGUCACCCCGAAUAGACUUUCGGAGGAUAUUACCGAGAGUUUUAUUGGGGCCCUCAGUCUGACCAUUCGUCUGAGGGUCGUAGGACGAUGAGAAGCGGAGCUGGGAUCCAUGCAUCUUGUGUAUGUGUCGCCAGAAUGUGCUGGUAAAACGCGGGUCACGGUCGGAGAUGAUGCUCUGAGGUCAGUCGUGAUCUCUCACGACUCGGUCGAAAACGAUGUUGGCGACCUCACGAGCGCUAAUGCGAUAGCGGCACAGGACAAAACGUGCAUGCUUCGUGAAGCGAUCGACAACAACCAAGAUAGCAUCAUGACAGAGCUCAGUGGGUGGAAGAAGGGGACCAACGAAAUCCAUCGAGAUGGAUUGCCAACGACCCUUAGGUCAAAAAUCUACAACAACAAACCAUGGGCUCUGGAUUGGGUUGGUGGUCUGCAUAGGCCUGGGUGUGGGGCCGUCGUUUUCUUGAACGACGACAAUGGUGCGACGUGGUACUGCUGUGGGGGUGUUGAGAAAUCUGAGAGCGCCAGGAAUACCUACGACGGGAGGACGUUCAACACCUUCUUUCUUACAUCAGUUUUCGACAAGGAUGGGACAAAUUGGGUCAAGGAAGACAAGAAGGUCGGCCUUGACUUGCGGCUCUUUCAAGGCUACAGCGUGAAGGCUUUCUCCAUGAAAGCGUUUGACGUGCGCGGGGACGGCACCGAGCUUCGCAUGCUGACUGCGGAACAGUUCCUCAGUAGAACGAACGGCUACCGCGUCACUGGCUGCCUUCUUGUCGUUGAAAGUUCCUUGGAGCUCACCAAACCCUUGGCGAAAUUCAGCAGCCCAGCGGACCAACUGCCAGGCGUUGUUAAGGAGUACAGGGAAGCCUUCUCGAGGCUGCCUCUGGACCAACAAGCUGACUGCGCUUUCGUGCCCUUUGUCACGAGCUCGCGGAAAUCGCGACAGAUGCCAUCCGCGCCGGUUGGGAAGAGAAAACAGUUGGCUGCUUGUCCAGCUCCGCCUUUGCCAGCAGCGUCGCCCUCGUCCUUGCCCACGGUGAGGGGAGGUCACAAUAUCGCCCAAUGUUCCAGCGAGGCUACGGAGUACGAUGACAGAAAUCUGUACGGACAUAAUGCUGCGCGUGACGGUGCCCAGGAACGUGCGACUGCCCUCACUGAGCGAAACGAGGAGGAAGAAGAUAGGGGAAGCUGCGGUCCACGUGAAGACGACGGUGAUGACGAGUAUAUGGACGUUGGGGAUGAGAACAUGCAGGACCAAAACAUGCUUGGCGAUGACGACGUCGGUGUCACGUUGGAGCAUGGCCCUGGCAACAUCCCCACCGGUUUUGUGGGAGCGGUUGUUGGUCGGCCCUUGUCGUCCCCUGCGAUAUGGCAUUCACAAGGUGGGAGUCAGGGUGGGCAUGACUUGCAGGAGCACGGAGGAUCAAAGUCGAGGAAAAGGACAAGGGGGGAAGAUCUGGCGGUCGUGGCGGCGGCUGUGGUGGCGCAAGAAAAGACUCGAGGGUAUUUCAAUGUCUCCGCCUUCGACAACACGCGCGAAAAUCGGGUCAUGAUGUUGUCCUUCGAGGAUGUUGUCCGUGAUAUGAUGCAAUGGUGGAUCGAUAACCAUCGAAUCGAGGGCCCGAAAGGCAAGGUCAGCGAUAAGGAUGUGGUCGUUGUUGCGCACCAAAAGAAGUGGCAGAAUUUCUUAAGGGCCUCCAUGGGGAAGGCAUGCGACAAGGCGUUCGUGAAGCAGGCGCUCGAGAAUGAGUACAGUAAGGAUCGGAGCAAUAAACUUCGUGGCUACAUGAACCUCGCCACAUCCACCGAGGUUGUGUGGCCACUGGUCGAGAAGUCCUUCGAGAUGUUCAACGAGGGGAAGCUAUCAGUUGGCAAUGGUAAAAUACCGCUUGACAUGCCGGGACGGCUUGACGGGAAAUAUAUAUACAGGAAAGCAAAGGCAACAGAGACCCUCAAACAUUAUCACGGUGCUCUCACUGGCGCCUUUGAGACUUUUGUUGCUCGAUGCGAGAUCUUCAAGUUCGAUCUUCGCAAAGAUAAAUUGACGUCCAAGGACUACGCGGAGCUCGCGAAAUCGGGCGAUGGCUUUAACCCCGUCGACAGCGAGGAAGAUUCUUCGGACUCCGACCUCGAACUGGGCGAGGACACAUGUGCUGAGGUUCCGCGCGGUGGAAUGGUGCAAGCUCACGAUGACGGAACUGUCCAUUCGCACGGAGGGUCCAUCUCGGUGGCCGCCCCAAGCGUCGCCUCAAUGGUGGCCCCGUCGAAGAGUGCUGCAUUACAAGACAUUGGAAGAUGUGGUGGCAAUGAAGAAGACAACAUUGAGAUACUAGGCGAGGCGUCGACGCUCGCACCAGGCGAUGCAAUUCCUUCAGCCUACUGUGCUGACCCGGACACGAUAUAUUUCUUGGAGGGCAAACACACCCACACAGGCGAGGAUCAGUGGGGCCAUGACAUCAUAUGGCAUGAGGGCGUUUUACAGCCGUGCAUCCAAGAUGGGGAGUGGAAGAUGGCGGUGAAAUACACAAGCGGUUGGAAGACUUUUCGCCGGAUGUCAAAGGACAUCUGGUACGGAACUCGCGAUCCUGCAUCGCGUGCGCGUCGAGAAUCCAGAGCAGAGCUAGGCCGCCAUCAAAGCCAAGGCCGAAGAAUUGUUUCAUGUCUUGCGUGACAAUCGACAACUGGAGUACAGCAACAAAUUUCAUGCCCUGCG